AUGACAUAUGUUCGAGUACAUGGUCGCCCUGAUCUAUUCAUCACAUUUACAUGUAACCCUACUUGGAAAGACAUCACAGAUGCACUGUUUUCUGGACAAAAGCCGCACGAUCGUCAUGGCAUUAUAGCGAGAGUAUUUCAUAUUAAAGUAAAGAAAUUAAUGGCACUUUUGACUAAAGGAAAAUUAUUUGUUGACGUACGUGCCGAAAUACCAGACCCCGAGCAAGAUCCUCUUUUAUAUGACAUCGUCAAAAGUAACAUGAUUCAUGGUCCCUGCGGCAGCUUAAAUCCUAAUGCUCCUUGCAUGAAAGAAAAUACAUGCAGUAAAAGAUACCCUAGAAAACUUUGCCGAGAAACACAGACAGGAGACGAUGGAUACCCAGAGUACAAGAGGAGGUCUACAAAUAACGGUGGCUUUACUGUAAGAAUUAAAGGACUUGAUUUAGACAACCAUUGGGUUGUGCCUUACAACCCAGUCUUAUUACGUACUUUCAAUUGUCACAUCAAUGUAGAGAUGUGUCAUUCUGUUAAGUGUAUUAAGUACAUCUGUAAGUAUGUAAACAAGGGCAGUGAUUAA